GCCGGGCUCGGGGAAUGGCCAGACUCACCGAGGGCGAGGCGAGGCGGCAGCAGCAGCUCCUGCAGCCCAGAGCCUCCCCCAUGAGCAGCAGCAGCAGCAGCUCGGACCCCCCCGCGCAGCCGGACAGCAUGAAGGACCUGGAUGCCAUCAAGCUGUUCGUGGGGCAGAUCCCCCGCAACCUGGAGGAGAAGGACCUCAAGCCCCUCUUCGAGCAGUUCGGCAAGAUCUACGAGCUCACCGUGCUCAAGGACCGCUACACCGGCAUGCACAAGGGUUGUGCAUUUCUCACAUACUGUGCCAGAGAUUCUGCCAUCAAAGCCCAGACUGCGCUACACGAACAGAAGACUUUGCCAGGGAUGGCCCGUCCAAUCCAGGUGAAGCCGGCGGACAGCGAGAGCCGUGGAGGUAGGGACAGGAAGCUGUUUGUGGGGAUGCUAAAUAAGCAGCAGUCUGAGGAUGACGUGCUCCGGCUCUUUGAACCCUUUGGGGUCAUUGACGAAUGUACCGUGCUCCGGGGACCUGAUGGCAACAGUAAAGGCUGCGCCUUUGUAAAGUUCUCGUCUCACACAGAGGCUCAAGCAGCAAUCCACGCACUGCACGGCAGCCAGACGAUGCCUGGUGCCUCCUCCAGUCUAGUCGUGAAGUUUGCUGACACCGAUAAGGAGAGGACCCUACGUCGGAUGCAGCAAAUGGUGGGGCAGCUGGGGAUUUUCACUCCGUCUCUCACCUUGCCGUUCAGCCCGUACAGCGCGUACGCGCAGGCUCUGAUGCAGCAGCAGACGACGGUUCUCUCCACGUCUCACGGCAGCUACCUGAGCCCAGGCGUCACCUUCUCCCCAUGCCACAUCCAGCAGAUCGGCGCCGUCAGUCUAAACGGGCUACCGGCCACCCCGAUUGCGCCGACCUCAGGGCUACACUCGCCUCCUCUCCUGGGCACAGCCGCAGUUCCGGGGCUGGUAGCGCCAAUCACAAACGGGUUCACCGGGGUGGUGCCUUUCCCGAGCGGCCAUCCCACCUUGGAGACGGUUUACGCCAACGGCCUCGUGCCCUACCCAGCUCAGAGCCCCUCGGUGGCAGAGACCUUGCACCCAGCCUUUACCGGGGUUCAGCAGUAUGCAGCCAUGUAUCCGACCACGACCAUCACCCCGAUAGCCCAGACCAUCCCCCAGCCGCAUCCCAUCCUGCAGCAGCAGCAGCGAGAAGGUCCCGAAGGCUGCAACCUCUUCAUCUACCACCUCCCGCAGGAGUUUGGAGACAACGAGCUGAUGCAAAUGUUCCUGCCCUUCGGCAACAUUAUCUCCUCCAAGGUGUUCAUGGACCGAGCCACCAACCAGAGCAAGUGCUUUGGUUUUGUGAGCUUUGACAACCCGUCCAGUGCCCAGACUGCCAUCCAGGCCAUGAACGGCUUCCAGGUCGGAAUGAAGAGGUUGAAGGUUCAAUUAAAACGACCCAAGGACGCCAGCCACCCCUACUGACAGUGUGUGAAGCCAGGAUUCAGUGCUGCAGCACAGGCAAAGGAACCAUCCAGAGGAAGAAGAACUUCUGCUUCAAGCUGAUUUCAGGAGAGGCCAGUAAAUUUAAGAACUCUUUUGACACCGCCCCUUUCCGUCCCACCCUGCCCCCCCGCCCCGAAAACGGGACGCUCCGAAGA